UUCCGUGAAUGAAGGACCACUAUCCAACCUUUGGGAUUUUCCUUAACCAGAUGACCUAACGCUUGUUAUCACUUUGACUCCGUGCAGAUUCCACUCUAUGGCAUGAACUGAUCGAGAUUACAAUGUACAUGAUUUCUAUCUAUACCUGUGAUUAUGGACGGAGUGAAAUAAAUUAACUCCGAAUUUUGGAAGUACAUCGUAAAAAGACAGAGAUAUCUCCAUGAUGAGUGAGCACAGCAUAUUAAACUCUGCACAGGACAAUGGAUGAGGACUACGAAAACUGUGAGUGCCGUUCACAACAAAUGAAAUCAGGGUAGACCGACAAGCCCAUUCCGAGGGAGAAUGGAAGAGGACAUCAGGGUAUGACAGAAAAUAAGUGGCUUUCUGUUGUCUUAUCGGUACUUUGUGCGCUGUGUGAUACCCGUUGGAACAACAUACCAUGAAUGACUCCAACUCAUCGAUUGUGUUUGUAGCCUGUGUGGCAUUCCGUGGCUCUGAGGACUUGCUGAGUCCAGAGGGCAGAAAAGAUAUCGAGGACACAUGCGCAUUGGCCCUGCUGUUAGAGGAAAUCUUCUUCUGGGUUUCAGUUGUUCUUGGUGUGCCCGGGAACCUGGUCGCUGCCGUCACGAUUCUCUCCCUUAAACUGACCCCUGCAACAUUCUAUCUGGUCCUGUUAGCAUUUGGAGACUUCAUUUCUCUGGUGUUCACGAUCUUGACCAAAUUCUUCAAAGACUACUCCGUGAUCACUACAGAGGACGUGAGCCACGACUGGUUCUACAACUUGCACCACUACGCCGGGACCUACGCCAACUGGACGCUCGUCUUGAUUUGCCUGGAGCGGCUGGCAAUCAUUCUUGACCCAUUUAGAAAAACCGUCAACCUCACUUUACGCCACGCCUACAUGACAGCAGCAGUUCUGUGCGUGGCUCUGACCGGUGCGUAUGUGCUGGUUUCGGAAAUGGAGAGCUAUGGUAGCAAGACUUGGAUCAUCGUAUACACGACGUGCUACAACUUUAUCCCGCUGCCGGUCGUCUUCAUCACCUCUGGCGUCAUAGCGAUUGAGCUGAGGAGAGGGUUGAAGCGCAGAGGUUUUAUGUCUGAAAUACAGGUGAGACAGAUAGCGAGGCAGGACAACGCGAUGACCGUCAUUAUGUUGACAGCGUCGUUCGCCUUCGCAGUGCUGACCACGCCCCUGUGCAUAGUCAUGCUCUUGUUCCUUAUCCAGAGCUACACCUGGCUCUCCCCUCACCACUUCCCGUCCGCCGAUUUCUUCCUGGCUCUCCGAGUGUCCAUCGGCCUGUCCCAGCUGACCCACGGCGUCAACGUGUACCUCUAUUUUGUCAGUGUCAAGAGGUUCCGGGAACAGUUUGUCUACUUGUUCUCCUGUAAAACAAUUCUCAAGCCCACAUCUCAGGUCUUUUCCACACAGACUUAGAGAGAGUCCAGACAUCCUUUUUAUGUUGAUGAAAUAGACGCUUUGUUAAUCCUAUGAGUCGGUAUUAUGAAGAAAAAAUGACUUAAGAAUAAUUUGAAAGUAGAUAUUCAAAACAUAGCUAAGAAAUCGAAGUCAGGUAAUUUUUGAAAAUAAUGGCAUACUAAUAGCGAGUGAGUUGACUGUUACGUUGACAUUCAAAACAUAACUAACGAAACAAAGUUAUGCCACAAAAUUAUGUGUGGGUGCAGUGCCCUAUUAUUUAAAAAUAAAAACAAGGCUUGACAGUGCUUGCUUUUACCUUGUAGCUCUCAAACUGCUCUCCAGUUACAAAACGCUCAGGCCUACAUCUCGGAUCUUUUUCUCACAGACGUAAAGAGAAUCUAGUGGUUCUUCCUUGUACGUUGAAAUAAAUAAAUAAAAUGUGGUUCUUAUAGAGACAGGAUUAUUUUACUACCUCAUAAUUGUAUACAUAUGCAGGACAAUUAACGAUUCAGACUCUACCACGACAUUGCUCGUGUGCGUGAUGCUGUGAGCCCCGUUGUUGUAUUUGGCUAGACGUGCCUAGCGUUAGGAUACACUCCAGAAACCCCCGUGUUUAAAAACAAAAACAAAACAAUUUUAUAUUAGGUAGAAUUAAAGAAUAAAAAGAAAAACAAACAAACAAAUAAAAAUAUCAACAACAACAAAAACACGUUAAAAAACGAACAAACAAGCAAAACCCCAUUAAAAAACACACACAACCAUCCUCAAUCUCCCAGGUAUUCCAGUUCAUGCAUCGUCCCGGUGAAGCAUAAAAACAGGGAUCAUUUCAUUAUUUUGCCUUCUAUUAAGCAUUUCCUGUGAAUAAAUGGAUUGGUCUAGUGGGUGGGGAAAAGCAAUCUCAUCAACCUAGGGUUCAUUUUAAAAAAUGUAGGUGAUUUUCCUCCCCCAUCGACACAGUUUAGAUCAUUUAGGAGCCACAGUUUGACCCUGCCUGUCGGUCGUCAAGGCCAACCUGGGCUGAGAGGCAAGCAACGUCCUAGCAAAUACGCGAUAGAAAUUCUCCCCACGGGGGAAUCGAACCAUGACCUGCUGCGUGCGACGACGAAACGCCUAAGCGCUGUUCCAAAGAGGCCGGUAUCUAGCGAAUCUCAAAUGACAAUAUAAACAAAAGAAAAAGAAAUAUUUGUCUAUUCCCACAAAUAAUCCCAGUGGAUUGCAGCAUUGAAAUUAUAUUCUUUCAUUCUUUCUUUCUUCGUCUUGAAUUUAUUUCAAAAUAUCACUAAGUGCUAAAUGUUCAGUCUCUUUAAACCCGUGGAAUAUACAUGCUUUCAUUCCGCCUUCAUCUUUCAUUCUUCUGUUUAUUUGUUUGAAAUAAAGAAGUCUUACUUUGUUAG